AAGGUAAGAAUAGUUGGUUCAGUUUUUAAAAGAGAAAAAAUUGGGGUGGUUUAGGGUUUGAGGUACAAGUAUGACGACGUCGUAUGCAUGUGGAAGUGUGAUGGAGGAUGAAAAAUUGACGGAAAAGGAGUUGCCCCCCGAGAAGAAAUUGAAAUUGGAUGUUGAUGAUGAUUUGAAGGGUGAGGAUGAUACCGGCUCUGAUUUGAAGGGUGAGGAUGAUACCCGAUCUGAUUUGAAGGGUGAGGAUGGAGAGUACGAUUUCAUGGGUGAGUAUGCAGAGUACGAUUUCAUGGGUGAGGAUGAUACCGGAUCUGAUUUGAAGGGUGAGGAUGGAGAGUACGAUUUCAUGGGUGAGGAUGAUACCGGAUCUGGUUUGAAGGGUGAGGAUGGACAGCCGCUCAAUUAUGAUCCAUAUGAUUGGCAAACUUACCCAGAUAAAGACGUCUUUAUCAAAUAUUAUCAACAGUUACGCGAGAGCGAUGGUUUUGAGUUUGAUGAAUACCCUGGGUCGUGCAUGUUUACUCCCAUCUACCCCAUUCUGGAAUUUCAUCUUUUUCCUGAGUUUGUGGAUAGGAUCAAGGGUUAUGCUUCAUUGGCAAUCGAGCGGUGCUUUGGCAAUGAUGGAAAAGAACGCAAAGUUACGGAUAUUGUGAAGAUAAAUGCAGGUGGUUGUCGUGACUUCACCUACUACAUUACAUUUAAAAUUGAAACUGAUGGGAAAGAAGAAACUUUUCAAGCUAAGGUGGAACGCACGAUUGAGAAAACAAUUGAGAUCCCAAUUUGCAGGCGCAAGGUCGACUAACUUGUUGCUGAAAAUACCUGCAGUGACUCGUGUCUUUUGUCCCCACUUUGCUCUCUAUUACUAGAAGAGAGCUAGUAUUAUUGGUUUUCUUAUCUGCUAUGGACAUCUUAUUGGCAGUGUAGCGGUAUUUAUUUUGAUGUUUGUGACUUGUAAUGGCUCCAUGUUUAUGAUUAAAAUGUAGGUACUUUUUCUUUUUUCGCUUCAAAAGACAAGUUUAGUGAUACUACUGCUCUACAAUGAUCAUUUUAUGACUCA